AUGCCGAGGGGCUUCUUGGUGAAGCGAACUAAACGGACAGGUGGCUCGUACAGAGUGCGCCUAGCCCAGCGGGCCUUCCCUCUGCCGGGGCCCCAGGUGGCGCCGCCCUUCGCCGAGGAGGCUCCGCGCGCCUCCCAGCCGGGCACUGAGCGGUCGGCGCCCCUAGCCCAGGAGGAGCUCGCAAAGGCACCGAUGGCGGAGGCGGCCCCGGAACUGUCGGGGUCGCCCAGUCGGCCGCCCCCGGGGGCGCAUUGCCUCCUGCCGCUCCGGGCACCGUUCCCAGAGCCCGCGCUGCAGCCGGACCCCGCGCCCCUCUCGGCCACCCUGCACGGUGUGAGGCGGACCGCCGCCGGCGAGCGCCGCGCCAAGGUACCUUCGACCUGUGCGCCCGGACCUGCGGCCGCGGGAAUCAAGAAGCCAAAGGCUAUGAGAAAGUUGAGCUUUGCAGAUGAGGUGACUACAUCCCCUGUCCUGGGUCUGAAGAUCAAGGAGGAGGAGCCCGGAGCACCGUCCCGGGGCCUGGGGGGCAGCCGCACGCCGCUGGGGGAGUUCAUCUGCCAGCUGUGCAAGGAGCAGUACGCAGACCCCUUCGCGCUGGCGCAGCACCGCUGCUCCCGCAUCGUGCGCGUCGAGUACCGCUGCCCCGAGUGCGACAAGGUCUUCAGCUGUCCUGCCAACCUUGCCUCCCAUCGCCGCUGGCACAAGCCGCGUCCCGCAGCAGCGAACGCUGCCACAGUCGUCUCCGUCGACGGGAAGCCGCCCUCUGUGUCGUCUUCGUCCUCCCGGGACUCUGGGGCUAUUGCAUCUUUCCUGGUAGAGGGGAAGGAAAACAGUCGGGCAGAACGGACUGCGGAUCAGCACCCGCCGGCCAGGGACAGCUCCGGGGCGGAUCAGCACCAGGACAGCGCCCCGCGCCAGGGCCUCCAGGUGCUGACGCUCCCCGAAUCCCCUCUGCCACAGACCCCCUAUACUGAGGGGGUGUUGGGACGCCGGGUGCCUGGGCUGGGAAGUGACAGUGGUGGCGGGGGAGCUGAGAUUUUCAUUUGUCCAUAUUGCCACAAAAAGUUCCGUCGCCAAGCCUAUCUGCGCAAGCACCUGGGCACUCACGAGGCGGGCUCGGCCCGUGCGCUAGCUUCGGGCUUUGGCUCCGAACACGGCGCCCCUCUCGCUUUCGCUUGCCCGUUGUGUGGGGCACACUUCCCGUCUGCAGAUAUCAGGGACAAACACCGGCUGUGGCACGCUGUCCGCGAGGAGCUGCUCCUGCCUGCCCUGGCGGGGGCUCCUCCCGAAGCGCCGGGCCCAGGUGGGGUAUCUGACGGGAGUGCCCAGCAAAUUUUCUCGUGCAAGCACUGCCCUUCUACAUUUUUUAGCUCCCCGGGGCUGACCCGGCACAUCAAUAAGUGCCACCCCUCAGAAAGUCGGCAAGUACUGCUGCUGCAGAUGCCACUGCGGCCUGGCUGCUGA